AUGGCGGAAUCUCCCAAGUCGCCGAACGCGUGGUCACCUUCCCCUAAAAGUCCCCCCUCGGCCAACUCUCAAGGAAAGUUCCUCGGCGUGUUUGGGUCAGGAAACGCAGGCGGAUCAGGAGUAUCAGGAGGGGGACUGGGGGGACUGGGAGCGAAUGGCAAUGGCAGCAGUGGCGGUAUCAGCAGCAGCGGGAUGGCACCUGGAGAGAUGGGAGGAGGCGGGGUGAUGGGAGGAGGAGCGGGAGUGGUGGGGGGAGGAGUGGUGGGAGGGGAUAUUGGGGGCGAUGGCGUACCGAUGGGACCUCAUGUGCACCAUCACGUGACACCUGAUGGACGGUGGGUAUGCAUGACCAUGGAUGAUUAUGUGAGGAUCAUGGAUGACUAUGUGAGGACCAUGGCUCCUCAAGGGGCGAUGGCACACCGAUGGGACCUCAUGUGCACCAUCACUGUAGUCGCAUAUGAGACGGUACAAGACCGCCUGCUGAACGUGUUCCGCAAAGCCGCAGGCUACAUCUGGUCCUUCUCGCACACCGUUGCGCGCGUCGACGUCGUCCGUCCCAUCACCACCUCCCACCGCCGCCGCCGCUACUACGAUAACGAUGACAAUGGGAGGGGACCGGGCGGCAUAAGCAGCAGCUACUUUGGCGCGAGGGAUAGCUCGCCUGUGUGGCGGGCGAGGAGGCAGGGGGGGAGAGGGAGGAGGCCGGAUGAGGACGAGGAGGGGGGGGUGAUUCAGGGGAUUAAUCACGGGUUGUAUGGGGAGGGGGCACGGCUGAAGCUGAUGCAGAUCUGGGACUUUCCGGAUAAGGAGACUGGAAAGCCCAGGCUUCCGUAUGGGCUCAACUUUGGAGGUGAGCUGAGCUUUCCUUGGGAUGGUGUGCUGUUCUGCUCUUUGAUGGCAAGUGUCAUGGGGAGGGGGCGCGGCUGA